AUGAGUGUAAAUAAGUACUCAAAUUCACUUGUACCUAAUCCAACUGAUAUUGUCAGUUAUCGGAAUAGAAAACGCUCAAUUCAAUAUAAUACAGUAUAAUAAGCUAAGAAGUCGCUAAAUGUUGAAACUUAAGAGAGAGCCAAUAAUCUUAUUAAAGUCAGGAAAUAACAAGCAGCAAGUUAGUAUAAUCGAACGAUUGAUAAUAAGAGCAGACCAAUCACAACAUAAGACUAUAGACAACUAAGCCAAAAUAGAAGGAAAAUAUAAAACAAUAACAGUAGAUCACCCGAUAAUUAAAUCAAGACUGUAAAAUCGAAAGAAGCUUAUUCUAACAGCAACAUAACGCUUGAACAAGACUCCAUAUUAGACUACCCAAUCAAGAAUACAAAGCUAAUAUAAUUGAGUAACUUAAACAAAAUAAGCAACUUCUCAAAAUUGAAGAGCAGAGAUUUGACCCCAAAUCUUUAAGGUAUCAAAGACUUGAAUAAAACCUUUUAAUCUAACUCCAACAAUCAAACAACUGAUCUGUUAACAAAUCUAACAAGACACACUACAAUAUCUCCUGCACAGAGUCCAAGUAAUAGUCCCAAAAAGACAAAGCUUUACAAUAAGAGCUAGAUCUCAGCUUAUACAGAUAAUGAGAAUAAAAUGAAUUACGAUAAGCUAAAUAGAUUGACUCAAUUUUAAUCUAAUAAUGUGCGUUCAUAUGCAGGUUCAAGAUUGAACAAUGACGAUGAGCCAUCAUCAGUUUAUGAUGCUACUAACAGGAAUCGUAAAGAACAAGAUUGCUUAGAGCUGUUAUAAAACACAUAGUAGGAGUUGAAAAUCCUGUAAUAUAGAGCAACAAAUUUGAUCUGUGGUGAUGACCUGCAUGUUUAGAUAGAUAAGAAUGAAAAAAAGCAUUUUGAUAUGAUUCCUAGCACUGCUUAAUAUGCAAAAAUACCAAUCCUUGGGAAAUAGCCACCAUGCAAAAUAUAAAUUGACUACCCAGAAGAUUUCAAUAAAAAGAAAAUUGACCUUAGAAUUUGCAUGUCUAGAAAAAACAAACAGCCAAAUCCUAACAACAGCGAGAAAGUUGUUACUAGAGUCAAUACCACAUCUUAUGAAUCAGUUGAUCCAUAUUUUAAUCAGCAGUUUCUUUAUCUUGGACUCUACACUGAAAUCGGAAUGCAGUUCAGUAUUAAAAUAAGCUUUCCAAAGGAAGAUCAGAGAGAUAAAAGUGUACCAUUAAAAGAUACCUAAAAUGACAUGAAUCAGACAUUUAUGUCUUAAAAUGAGAGUGGAAAUUCCUAAGCUAUUUCUAAGAAUAAGUAUCGAAUGUUGAUAUAAAAACGGAUUAGAGAUCUUUCUGAAGACAAAGUCUAGUUUGAAGAGUUUUGUGAGCAAAUUGAAAUUCUAAAGCGAAAAAGGAAUCAAUUAUAGACUAGAGGGGCAGAUGUGAAUAUUAUAGCCAAGAACAAGAUGAUAGUCAAUCAUUGGAACUAUAUAUAGUAGGAAUUAUAGAAAUCGAGAAUUGAUGAGUCUGAAGAUAGAAUUUAAAAGGUUCAAAAGCGAAAGUAAGAUAUUUAAUUUGAGGACUACAAAAAGAAAUUGUUCCUCUUGAAUAAGUGGGAAAUUCUCAAAAUUAAGAGAAAUGAGAUGAAAGAUGAGUUCAGAGACAAAUAUCAAAUGAGGACAAAAUGCAUGUGUUCUACAAUCACAAGAACAGCUAUGAAAAGAUAAGAGAUCAUAGAAAUCUUUAGAAUUACAAAGAAAAAUGCUGUAAAAGAAUCCUAGGAAAGUUUAGAAAAAUUUUAAACAAAAAGGUAGAAAGCCAAAGAAAUUUUAAGUGCUUUUAUGGAGGAAACUUCUGCUGUUUUUGAAAUGAUAAAUAGAUUCAAUCUAAUGUAUUCAAGAGUCGUAAAAAUCCAAAAGUUUUUUAGAGAUUAGAAAAUGCUAGAUUUGUUUCGAGUAGAUUUCAUAAGGAGUGCUUGGGAUAUUUAAAGAGAGAUUAUGCAGAGAGCCCUUCUUAAGUCUGGGGGUAAACAAGCAGGUAUCAAGUUAAAACUAAAGAAGAUGAGUUUAUUAACUGACACUGUCAGAGAGUAAUUUGUGAGACUCUAUUUCUAGAAACAAAAAAUACAAUUCAUUAUUAAGUUCUUGGAAAUGCACAGUGAUCCUAGAGAUCCAAGAAUAGAAAAGUACUCUAUUUUGCUAAAGAGAUUAGAAUAAAAGAUUGGGAUCACGAAUGAAUCAAGAGAAGGCACUUAGAUGAGUUUAAGUAGAUAAGGAGCUAAGACCCUUUAAAGCAAUAAUACUCCAAGUAUUAAACUUAAAUCUACAAAAUCUACUAAUGCUUAACAACCCUCAUCACAAAAACUUAACUCAUAUUCAGUAAAUUCGGUAAUGACUGAAAAUUUCACAAAUGCUUUAAGCAUAAAAAGUUCAGUCUAAAACAGAAGUGGGUCAAUCAAAAAAGGAAGUCAAAGACCUCUGAAGUAGGCUGAUAAUCCUGUUAGUCUAUCGCUAUUCUUUUCAUUCGCACCCAAGCCUGAGUAAAUCAGAACUAUGAUAGAGAAGGCCAUUGAAAAAUAAGAGCGAUUGAUUAAAAAGAGUAAAUCUACUAUGAGAUAAGCUGAACAAGCUAAACCUAAAGUUAUUAAUGAGGAAUCACAUGCUGACAUACUAGCAUCUUCUGAAUCCCUUAUAUAAUAAUGA